AUGGUUUUAUGCUUCCUUCUGAUCUUCUGUGUCUGGUUGGCGUUGCCUGCGCGAUGCAAAUGCAAUGACAUCCCCGCCAAUCUCGAAAACUUGUCCGAGCCUCUCAAAGCUGAGCCUGAAGAGGUGCUGGGACAGGUAGGUUCAGACCUCACGGGUGGCCAAUCCAUCAUUGCUGACCACCCGGGACAGUCUCUGUCCGGCAUCGCGCGUCGAGCUUCUUACCACUUCGAUCCUCUCGCGAACGGCCUCAACGUUGUCUACUACGGGCAGAGCAACCUGACUGGUAAUGUCUCGCUUACCCAGAUCUGCAACGAUGAGUCCAUCGACGUGGUCAUCUUAGGGGUUGUCAAGAGUUUCUAUGGACCGGAUGAACCCAGUCAGUUGAACAUCACACUGGACCUUCAUUCGCUCUGCUCUGGGCCGACCGCGGCGCAGGUGAAAGCUCGACAGGCUGGGUUGUUAGAUUGCGUGAGCGGUGGGUUUGUGCAGGAGAUCGCCAGCUGUCAGAAGCAGGGAAAGAAGGUCCUCAUCAGCGCCGGUUCUGCCAGCGGCAACCUCUACAUGCCAAACUCCAAGGCGGCGUCCAAGGUGGCCAAUAUGCUAUGGAACUUGUUCCUGGGUGGCACCGAUUCGACAAUCAUGCCUCUGCGGCCCUUUGGGAGUGUGGUUCUCGACGGCUUUGACCUGGACAACGAGAACGCGACGAACGCCAAAUACCUGCCGAACCUGAUCUCGUUGCUCCGUAGACAGCUGAAGCACGACAAAUCCAAAUCAUACUACCUCAGUGCCGCGCCCAUCUGUGCGUUGCCGGACCCGGAAAUCCCGGUCGCCAAACUCAUCAGGGACAUCGACUUCUGGACCGUCCAAUUCUAUAACGCUCAGAAAUGCCAGCUCGGGAGCGGUGAUGGCGUUCUCGGUGCUCUUCAGGACUGGUCGGAUCUGCUCCUCGAGGGCCGAAAGCUGAAAUGCACCAGGACCAACAAUGGAGAUAGCUGUACAGUGCCCAAAGGCAAGUUCCACGUCAUCAACAACGGCGUUACCUACCCAAGACUCCUCAUCGGCACACGCGCGUUCUUCUCCGCUCCGGACACUGGCUAUGUCGACGUUCAGACGUACAUGUCCAUCCUCGAGCAGGUCAAGAAACUGGACUUGCCAAAUCUCGCCGGCGCCACCUUCUGGGAGGGCACGUAUCAGUAUCGCUCAGCAGAAGAAGUCGACGGCAAGAACCUGACUUUUGCAGAGGUUGUCAGGGACGUUCUCUGA